AUGUCCUACAACGACUACAACUCCGGCGGCAACUCCGGUGCCAGCGCCAACUACUACGACCAAAACGCCGACUUCCGCGAUACACGCUACAACGGACCCCCCUCCUACUCCAACGAGAACCAACACGACGACUUCAGCAGCGCAGCCCACCACGCCUCCCAGGAACACAGCAGCGAAGACCGAUCCUUCUUCGACAGCGCACUAUCCUUCGUCAAGGAGCGUAGGAGCGAGUAUGCCGAUACAUCCAAGUACGAAGUCGACGAGGCGCACGCCAUGAAUGCCCACCAGGCUAUGUAUGGUGGUGGUAGUGAUGAGCGCAGUCAUGAUUCUGGUACUGUGGGUGCGGGUGCGGCUAUGCAGGCUCUUAAGAUGUUUACUGGUGGUGGUUCCGGGGUAGUGGUUCGGAUGGGGGCUAGUAAGCUUUGGGAUGAGAAGAAUGCUAGUGGCAAUGUGUCUGGCGAUAAGCAGUCUGCGGUCAACUCUGCUGCCGAGAUGGCGUUGAAGAUGUACAUGAAGGGUGGCAGUGGUGGAAUUGGUGGAACUGGUGGUGCUGGUGGUCUGAUGAGUCUAGCCAGCAAGUUCUUGUAA